UCUCUCCCUCCUUUGUUACUGGCCAUUAAUGCCUGCAUAUCAUAUGGAGUAGACAAAGGUAGAUCCAGAGCACCCUCCAACGACAAUCCAAAUCCAAAUCCAAAUCCAACCUCAUCAGACCCAGAUUCCACCCAGAGAAGAUGAAACUCCUCUCCCUCUCUUCCAAGAACAACCACCACUACGCAGUCCCCGACAUGGCAUCGACCUGGCCGUGGCCUUACUGCCACCAACCCCGCACCCUCUCCUUCCGCGACGCCGACCCCGUCUUCAAGACGAUCAACUCCGCCUUCGACACCUCCGGCUCCCCCUCCUUCCACGUCGCCGCCCCCUCCUCGGAAGAGUCCCCUAGCUUCUCCACCGCCCCUUCCGAGCUGCCCGAUGACCAGGCCAACGACGACGCCGACGUCGAGUCCCUCAUCCGCGGCGCCCGCUCCGAGCGCCGGCUCUUCUUCGAGCCGAGCCGGGGCGACACCAGCUCCAUCCUCGCCGACCAGCGCUCCAUGUCGAAUGCGAGAGCGAAUGAAGACGGUUGCGAGGCGAACGAGGGCGAGGGCGAGGACGACCCCGACGACGACGACGUGGAGUUUAAGAAGGAGAAGGUGACGCUGCUGGCGAUGGAGUCGAGAGACCCGUACGAGGACUUCAGGAAGUCGAUGGAGGAGAUGGUGGAGGCUCACGGCAUCAAGAGCGACGACUGGCCGCUCCUCGAAGAGCUCCUCUGUUGGUACUUGCGGGUCAACGACCGGGACAACCACGGCUACAUCUACGGCGCCUUCGUGGACUUGCUCGUCCACGGCGAUCGCCGCUGCCGCCGCCGCCGCCGCCGUCGUCAGUGCCGCCUCCCCGGCCACCAUUCUCCUUCGUCCUCGUUGUCUCUGUACAACACCUCGUCCCCGUCGCUGUCCUCCUCUUCAUCGUCGUCCUCCUCGUCCGCGCCCCGCGUCUCCGCUUCGGAAGCAGAGGAAACCGUCAGCAGCGAAAGCACGCCAGGCUCCUCCUCCUCCUCGGCCUCGUCGUCGGGAGUCUCUUUGGAGGUGGUGGAAGACGAAGGGCGACAUGCGUCGUAGUCCUUCCUCAAACCUUCCGGGAGUAUGAUCGACGAAACUCGUUAGAAAAAAUCAAUGUACGUAUUCUGCAUUUGGUCGGGGCCAAAAUUAAUGGUAGCUGAAGGGUUUUUGAU